AUGGGAAAACCAACCCCUCUCCCUACCUGCAUUCGCCCUCUCACUCACUCGCCCCUCGUCCCACCGCAGCCCGUGCAUUCGCCCCUCUUGCUCCCUCCAUACGCCCUUCUGCUCCCUCCAUUCGCCCCUCACUCCCUGCAUCCGCCCCUCUCGCUCCCUCCAUCCGCCCCUCUCGCUCCCUCCAUUCGCCCUCUCGCUCCCUCCAUCCGCCCUUCUCACUCCCUGCAUUCGCCCCUCUCGCUCCCUCCAUCCGCCCCUCUCGCUCCCUCCAUUCGCCCUUCUCUCUCCCUCCAUUCGCCCCUCUCUCCCUCCAUUCGCCUCUCGCUCCCUCCGUUCACCCUCUCGCUCCCUCCAUUCACCCUCUCGCUCCCUCCAUUCACCCUCUCGCUCCCUCCAUUCACCCUCUCGCUCCCUCCAUUCACCCUCUCGCUCCCUCCAUUCACCCUCUCGCUCCCUCCAUUCACCUUCUCGCUCCCUCCAUUCACCCUCUCGCUCCCUCCAUUCACCCUCUCUCUCCCUCCAUUCACCCUCUCUCUUCCUCCAUCCGCCCCUCUCUCUCCCUCCAUACGGGAUGCCCCUGAUUGCUCCCACGCGUCACUGGGUCAAUUAUUAGAGGCGCUCAAGGCGGCCACGAACGACCCACCCAUAGCCACCCCCUCUCCUGCCCUGCCUUCACCCCCCCAACUCCCCCUCUCCCCACCCCCUCGGGCCUGCAGGGGUCGAGUGCCAGAGGCGCUCAAGGCGGCUGUGAGCGACCCACCCAUCGCCACGCGCGACCAGAAAUGCAAGGAUGCCAACUGGGAGGUGGUGCAGCGGGCGCUGGUGGCAGUGGAAGACGUGGAUGGGGCCAUUGCAGGGCUCAAGUCGGAGGGGUGCGAUACUCUAAUGCGGUACCUGUACCGUGCACUGAGAACAGGGGAUGCAUCGCUGUGUGCGAGGGCGCUGUGGGUGCAUGAGAAGCUGACGGAGAAGGCAGGGCUGGGCUGCAUCAUGCGCGUUAUGGCUGAUCGCAAGCACACAGUAUAG